AUGCUUAUUUUCGGCGGUAUACUUUUUUCAAGCGGAACUGUCCCAUGCAAAACCAAAAAAAUGUCGGAGGAUAAGUUUAAAAGAAAAUUUGAACAAAAAUAUGGGCGACGGACGAUUCGUUUUCAUAACAUACCGGAGAAAAUCGCAAAAGAACCGUCCUCUGUGCUGCAGCAAGAAAACAACGACGUUGUGGAUGCUGUAAGGAAAGAAUAUCAAGAUUUACCGCAGUUCCAGCCAGUCAGCGGAUUAGUUGGCAACAUCGGGGGAUUACUUGGGCAGACAUGCGUAGUAAAUAUGUCUAAGGCGGAAGUCAGAGAUACAGGUGUAAGUCCAAUUCAUUUCAACACAAAAGAUUGCAAAAAGACUUCGUAUCAAGACAGGGAUUGCGUGAUGGAAUGUUUUAGCAGAGACGACCAUGCACAAAGAAAUCCCGCUGCAUCCAGCGGAAUUGGUACUGAUUCUCCGGAUAGUUACGAAGUCGAUAGUUUAGAAAAGUAUCCGAUCAGUGAACAUCAUUCUUUAAGUUUCCACGAAGGAGAAAUAAAUGAGAUACCCGGCAGGCAUAGGACACCUCAGUUUGACUAUGGAGUUUAUGGUGGAGGUCGAGCAAGUGUGCUCCAGUUAGAAAGUGCUCCUAGUACUUUAUGUGUUAAAGGCUGCAAUUGUUCCAUACAUGGGGCAGAUGCUGAAAAAAUGAGAACCAGUGCAGAGAAGCCUCGAGUUAACAAAACACAACUUACUUGGGGUGAUAUUGCACAAAGCUCAAAUAAAACUCAGGAUCAUGGGAGCGAAUGUGACGCAUAUACAGCGCACAGUGAUAUGAUAAAGCCUCAAACUCCAGGUGCGCAGAUAUCUGGAUCUUUAACGUCAGAGAAUAUGAGAGAAAUUAAUAAAAGUCCACUGAGACGCAUGGAUUUGGAAAAGUGGCUAAACGAUGUGGAAGAGUCCCGCAAUGAAGGAGGGAAGAUCAGCCCUUCGGCUAUUGACUCUCCUGACGAGGAAAUUGGAAGGCCUUGGUGCGCAACUCAUGAGAGGGACUGUCAAUCGAGCCGGAGAAAAAUGCGUGCACCACUUCAGGAAAGUUUACAGCUGUUGGCAAAACUGCAGGUAAUUUCAGAAGAUGAUUUGCCUCUGGCUCAGAACUCAGUCCAUCGUGGAGGUCGCCUAAGCUGCUUGCAAACGGUAAGGGCACCAGGCUCACUGUGUUUGGGUCCAGGUAGUUGCAUAGGGCAUGGUGAGUUUCAGAUGACCUCCAGCCAAUCAAAUAAGACAAAUACGAUAACUGCUGAAAAUAGUUCUGAGUUUCUGAAUGACGAUCGUCAGCUUGUUACAUCAAGAACUGAGCGCCUCGCGAAAGGUGGAAGACAGAGUACUUUAGAUCUCCUUAGAGCGUCAAGUGCGAUGUGUAUUCAUGGACCUUCUUGUAGAGUUCAUUGCCAGAAAACGGUAGAAAAGUUUCCCUGCACACCUGAGAAAGGUUUUAAAGCGGCGUUACACUCUGAGCAAACAGAACUAAGAGGUGCCAGCAUUUUGGGUGCUGUCCAAAGUGAAGAAGAAGAUAGAGCGAUCAUUGAAACCACUGCAAGACAAAGUGAAUUUGUGAAUACGGAUAUCAGAGAGAAUGAACUUCGAGGGGCGAGUAUCUUUGGUGAUUUCUGCUCUGUGAGAGAUAUGAACUUGAGAGGAGCGAGCAGCUUUGCUGAGCAACCUAAAAGAAAGUUCCAUAGUGGUCGCAGUUGUGGCGAUGAAGCAAACAAUUUUCAAAUAAACUUGGAAGAAAAUAGGGGUGCAAGUUGCUUUGCACCGAUCGAUGAAAGUGUAGCGGAUACAUCAAGCGUGACACUAAGCUUCGCUGUGGAAUCUGACACAGAUAGUUUUUUUCCCGAUAAAAACUCGAGGCAGAAAAAAAAGGUGGUUCUAAGUAACACUCUACAUGACAACUUAGAAGUUAAAGAUGCAAAGAAAUACCAGACUGUGGAUGGUAGAAUCUCAACUGCUAAUGCCUCAGAAAAAAAGGAUGUUGGUCUUGUCCAAAGAGAACAUUCAAAAAAUUUUGAUCAGCGAAUUUUAAAAGUGGGUAAAGACACUCAAAUAAUGUCUACUCUUUUAAAUGCACUUCGACGAGAUGGUGAAAAGCGCAAACAGCAGCAAAAUAUCGACCAAGGAUCCAAUCAUCUUACGAGCGACAAAGAAGCUCUAGUAGGAAAUCUAAAAGUGUCUGUUUUGUACAAGAACGGUAAUUCUGUCACCUCUUUGCUUUACGUCUCUAUUUUGGGUCUUGAAGUUACUCUAAACGAAAAUGUAAUGCCAGAAUGCGAUGUUUACGUAAAAGUUUGCCUUUUACCAAAAUUUUCAACAUGGCAGUGUACAAGAACGGUAAACAUUACGGACAGCUUUGUUUUGAGAGACCAUUUUGUCAUGUCUGGAGUAAAAGCAAUGGAUUUAAAAGAAGCUAUCCUCAGAUUUAUGGUUGUGCGUUUGGGAGAGGACGACAAACCCUUUGCUCAGGUGGACGUGUCAUUAGAGGAACUUAAGUCUUGUGAUAAAUUCAAAAGGACUUAUGCGCUGCAUGCGCCUACCGACAACGCAUAGGAUGAUGGGACUUCUUAAAAUGAAUGAGAAUUAAUCGAGAAACUACUCUGUAUAUGACUAAAGGAAAAGAAAACCCAUGAUAACUCUUACUUUUAAUCAAAAAGUGGAAUACAUUUUUUGUACCGGAAAAAGAUCGAUAUUAUUGUGACUUUUCUUAUAUUGGAAAGAUAUUAUUAGAUAGAUCUCGGUUCGCAUGAACACUUUGAAAGAUUUAACCUCCAUUUUUCAAAUUUAAAAAAAAACCUGAAAAUCGUCCCCAAUUCUAGUCAUCUUGGCGACUUUUCUACCAAAAUUUUCGUCACUUUGAAGCUUGUAUUUCCUGGGAAGUAUUGAUUUAAGAUUUCCUGCCAAUAUACGUCUUACUGUUUUUAACGACCUAAAUAAAUCCAAUAUUUCUUGACUGACCUACCUCCAUUGAAGAAAAAACAGGUGCUUUAUUUAUGUGCUUCUUGCUUGCCCAACAGAAGAGUGUUUACACUAGAUAAAAACCUCCGCUUUCGGGAAACUUGGAAAUAGGAAUCUUUCAAACUGUUCUCAUAAUAGAUGGUUAAUUAGCUUUGACAAAAUUUAAAUGCAUUGGGUUCAUUCGAAAAGAGAUCGAUUAAUUACCCCCCUAACAUCACCUAAAUAAAUUUAUUUCAGUUCUCUUAAUUUGCGCCACAACGAAACCGAAAAAAAUUCUCAAGGCUUUCCUAUUUUAGGCCUUUCAACAAACAAGCAGUUUACUCCAGUGUAGCUCAAACAUUUGCUUUUUUUAAUCAUAAUAUUCUUUGUUUCCGAGAAGAAUGUACCAUUUACUCGACCCUGUGAAGUGACAUAACCUCCAUUAUCUAUUUCUCGCCUUAGAGAGAAAGCGUUCAAAAAUCUUAUUUCGGCAGAUGCUUUGGAAUGAUAAUUGCCAUUUUGGAUGGAAUUUUGUUUUCAAAGGUUGAAAAUAAAAUCAAUCAAGGAAUUCACUGCAAGACGUCAAAAAUCAAUGAAAAUCAACCCGAAAGAUAUCAAAUCAACAAAAAGUGAGUAAUGGUAGAGAGAUGUUUACAUGACAUCGACCUUUAGAGCUCUGCGUUAAUGUAUUGUGGUAGAAUUUGGAACGCAAGAAGGGGUGAAAAAACAGAUUGGCGGUCCAAAAUACAUAAUUUAACAUUGAUCGAAUAGUGGUUCAUUAUUCGAAGAGUAAUCUAAUUCAUUUCAGCGUAAAUAUCGUUACUUGUGUGACGCAAAGAGAGCUGAGUGGCUUUGCAGUGUUUUGCAUAACAACAAACCCACGGCCAAAUGGAACAAAAUGUUACGCACGAGUGAAUGCGGAACUUUGAAAGACGUGUAUGAUGGACAGAUAUAAAUGCCCUUUAAUAAGCCUUAUUUAUAUUCACAACUAAUUUGCAAACAGUAAUCGAACUACUCGACCCCGCGAAAAGUCCAAGUAAGCAGAGCCUUCGACACGUUUAUGCAUUAAUAAGUUCCCGUUUGGUUGUGACUCGAGAAAGCAACGUUUUUUACUGCGGAAAAAGGAAGCAUGACUUAAGAACGUUCAAAUGACGGUACGUAGACACGGUAUAGUUUAAAAGACUUUCAAACUUUGGCGUCCUUUUAAAUCGCGGCAAGUUUUGAAGAAUUUCUUAUUUGACUGCCACUCAUAAUCUUUUUUUUUCGGACAGGAUCCCAACGUUCUUGGCGUUAUUUUGGGGUCAGUUCUUGGUUUUCUGGCGGGAGCCAUCGUAGUCUGUGUUGGAUAUUUUGUUUAUACAAAACGAUCGGGGACUUAUAGUCCACUUUCACGGGAUGUACGUGCGAAGAUCGAUUACUAUUCCGCCUCAAAUCCCGAUGGCGCAUUCCUCGCCGCCCAAACUCGACCAGUUCAAGUCCAACCAAAUGUAUAUACGCUAGCAAAGUCUUCCGCAGAAUCUUACCCGGAAAUAACCGAACUAAACGAUGGUGAUCAUCGGAGAAUUCGCGUAACGAGGCCUUACGAAGCUGGCGCAAUUGCUACCAUCCCGGAGGACAGUGAGGACGUUGAAGACGGGAGCCCGCGAAGUCUUGAGAGAAACGGGUCGACCGGCUCAGACAAGCCAAAACUAUCAAAACGAAUGAGUUUACCCACCACCCUUAAAUCUGAUGGAUUAUUCAAUCCUAACCGAGAAGAAUUCUUAAAAAAGAAAUUUUCAUCAGAGGAGGAGGAAUGUCGGCUUGAGUUCUCGUGUUUUUACGACACGGCCAGUCGUGAGUUACACAUUACCGUAAUUCAAGUUGUUGGGAUUUCUACGCCAAACGAAAGUUUCUUACGCCCGCCUAGUUGCAGCGUUAAAAUGCGCAUAUUACCCGAGAUGUUGUCGUGGCAGUGGACACGCAGAAUUUCACGUACUUCGAAUCCUGCUUUCAACGAAACUUUCAUCGUUCCUGGUUUUGUUCACAACAAAUUACGAGAGUGCACUGUACACUUUGUGGUGUUGGAUUUUGAUCAUGUGCAAGACACUGUUUAUGUGAUUGGGGAAGUAAUCAUGCCCUUGUCAGAACUACGAGCUAACAGACUAGAGAAGAUUAUCAAAAGAGUGAACCCGCUUGCUUUCUAAGUUUAUUGAAUAAAUUUUUUUGCAAUGAAUUCUCUGACAAUAACAUGACGAUCGGGGCAAAAUGGAAAUUAAACACAAACAGGAAAAAAUUCCUUGUAAAUUAAGCCCCUUUAUUCAUACGCAUUUAAGCGAAGCGUUUGAGGAAAGCUAUCGGACUCAUUUAAAAAUUAAGUUUACAAACGAAUCACAGCUGACUUACUAAUUUAAAAGAGAGUGACGCAUUGUUAAGAUAUAUAUUUGGAAUAUUGCGAUCUUGACCUAGGUGGUAUUUCGUAAAUUCGCGAGAGAUAGUAACUAUUAUUUACAUAUCAUUGUCAUUAUAAUUUUUUCUCGUCACCAUACGCAUCCAACUGAAACGAUUUGCCCCUUGUUAUUAAGCAGUUUUACCAUUUCAUCCUCAAAUACAGCAAGAAAAAUUUUUGACCAGUGUUGGAAUUGUUCGUAAUAUAUUUAACACAAUUUGUUUCGUUUUCAAUACUGGUUUCUAUAAUUGUUUAAAAAGAAUAUCGUUCUAACUUGCAUAUAUUAAUUAUUGGCGCUUUUUGUUUAUUGGGUGGCAGCAAAUAAAGUCGUG